GUAGAUGUUGUGAAGUGCGUCGACUAAAAGAAGGGAAAUCGAAAGCAUUCCCACAUCUAAACUCACUUUUACACCCUUCUUCAGAAUCCGACUCCAAAUUCCGAUUUCCUACUCCCGAACUGUGAAUUCUAAGAGUGCCACUUUAUUGUUUGCCUGAUAAGGGAUAAUCAAUGGCAGAUGUUGUAAGAAAGUUCUUCACUGCAUCAAUGCUUAUGUGGAUAGUACCAAUUUUGAUUUUAUAUGGUUUUAACAAUAACUUAUUUCCUGGGGCAAGUCAGUUGUCUUCUCACUCACUGACGAUUUUGAGCGGAUUGAUUGCGGUCAUCUCUGUCAAUAUUGUCAUUGCGUUCUAUAUUUAUAUGGCGAUGAAGGAGCCUUCAAAUAAACACGAACCUGAUCCUACUUUUCUUGCUGAAGCUAAAGCCAGUAUCAAGCAGCAACACUCUUCAAGUGAGACUGAAGAUCCUUCCCAGGCGCGUGAGAAACAUGACUAGUAGGGAACGUGCAGAGUGCAGUUACCAGGUUUGAUGCUCACUUGGAUUUUAAUUACCCUAAGUACAGUCUUUACUCUUUAGGUUUAUAGGGUAGCUCCAGAACCACUUUUGGACCAAACAUACAACAAAUUAUUUAGUCAAUGAAUUCAUAUAGGAUUUGAGAUAACGGUUAGGUUUACCUUAAUCACUAAUGUUUUCUGCACUUGUGGUUUUUUGUUUCUGUAUUUUAAAAUGAAAUGACCGAAUUCAGAAUAUUUGUGCUUUAUAUGUGCAUCUCCCAUAUUAUAUCUUUGGGAAAUAAUUUUGUUCUUGUGGGAUACUUAAAACAAAAUGCUGCUGUCAUGUCAGUGAUUUAUAAUGUAUUAAUGUUAAUUGACAAUUUUGGUUUA